AUGAAGCCAGUGCCCUCUAAGAACGGAAAUCGCCUUUUAGCGGAUGAACUCACUUACGAGUUGCGCACAAUACCUCCGUCCGCGGGACGUCAAGAACUAGUGCCCAGAAAAUCCUGCGCCAUGGGUGACUGGCACGCCGCAAGCAAUACACCUUUUCAUGUAGCCAAGUGCCACACUUUAUAUGUAGAUAAGCUUAUCCUCGCUCCAAUGGUACGGGUUGGCCGUCUGCCUAUGAGACUUCUCGCUUUGCAGAAAGGUGCCGACCUUGUUUAUACUGAGGAAACAAUAGAUUAUAAGUUGGAGAAAUGUGUUAGAACGGUAAAUGAAACCCUUGGGACUGUAGAAUACGUUCAUAAUUCCGAAGUUGUUUUUCAAACUUGUGGAAGAGAAAAAAACAACGUUAUUUUGCAACUGGGUACCUCUAAUCCCCUGCGUGCUGUAAAGGCUGCUCAGCUGGUCUCGAAGGACGUUGCAGGUAUCGAUGUUAACAUGGGAUGCCCUAAGCAUUUCUCCGUUUCUGGUGGAAUGGGCUCCUCUUUGCUUACUAAGCCAGAUCUUGUCAAAGAGAUUUUGACUAGCCUUGUGAGGAAUGUUACUCUUCCCAUCACUUGUAAAAUUAGACUUUUACCUACAAUUGCAGAGACAGUAACUCUUGCCCAGCUUAUAGAGGGGACAGGCGUUGCAGCCGUAGCUGUCCAUGGGAGAUUUGUUACAGAAAGGCCACGUGAACCAGUGCACUAUGACUAUAUUAAGGCAGUGGCGGACAGCGUACGGAUUCCUGUCAUUGCGAAUGGCGCCUCGCUGGACAUUGCGGUUUACGACGACAUUGCGGCGGUCAAGCAGAAAACAGGGUGCGCGUCUGUAAUGCUUGCUAGGGCUGCCCAAUGGAAUCCUUCGAUAUUUUCCUUUGGGAAAACUACGGCUAAUCCUUUGGAUAAUGCUCGGGAGUAUAUAAAACUUGCGCUCCAGUACGGCCAGGACCUCGGAAAUAUAAAAUUUAAUCUUCAGCACCUGCUGCACUUUGCACCGGAUAAAAUUCUGAAAGGCAAGUUGUCCUCUGCUGCCAAUUCUCAAGAACUUUGUGAACUUUUUGGCCUUCCUGUGCAUUAUAAAGAGGACUCUAGAUGCGGGCUUCAAUCACUGUAUACUACUUUGGACAGCCAUUUAUUUGAGCUUUGUCGCAGGGGCUAUAGAAUUAACAUACUCGAGGUACCUUUCGAUCGAAAAAGUUUGCGCCGUGCUAAUAUCUCGCCAAAAUUUCUGCUCUGGGAAUACUCGCAAAAGCAAUCCCUAGCCUGGCCAGAAAAACCCAAAUACUGCACCCUUUACGAUAAUCUCCUACGAAAAUUUUUUACGUUACUGAGUUUCAAAGGAGAAUUUUACACCAGUGGUGGUUAUUAUUCCAACAAAAAGACAAGUGAACAAGCGGCUGCUUUAGCCUCUUUAAAGUUACUCAAUGUUGAUUUGCCUUACGAGCUUUAUAACGUUAACAGUUCUUUAUAA